AUGAAUGCCUAUAACUUGUCAAUUCAGGCUCCAAGCACAUCGCAAACGAUACUCGCCAGCCAAGAACCGCAGCUCCGUCCAAAUGAUACAGGUCUUAUUGUAUAUAUCGUUGUCAUGGCGGUCAUCUUAGCAGUGGGUUUUGUUGGCAACGUGCUGACUAUGUUAGUCUUAAGUUGCCACGAGCACAAAAACAAGAACAUCACCCCAUUCAUGAUGAACCUCGCGAUCGCUGACAUCAUUAUUAUCGUUUUCGGAUAUCCAGUGGUUGUCGCAGCCAACUUUACCUCCUCCGGGCUCAACGUUCGUAACAGUCGGACUCGGUGCAUUUGGUCAGGAUUUAUCAAUGGCUCAGUUGGUAUCGCCUCCAUUGCCAACUUGACUGCGAUGAGUCUGGUAAUGCAUUCUGUCAUUAGCAAGGUCAGUAACAAAACAAAAAUCCCCAGAUGCAAGGUGGCAUUCAUCAUUAUUCUUACGUGGGUGUACGGAGUGAUGGCCAUGGUUCCGCCGUUAGUGGGCUGGAACGAAUUCGUCCCCGGCGCCUCUGGUAUCAGCUGCUGUCCGAACUGGUCGCCCGAAACAAAAGCUGGAGUGGCGUACAAUGCAUUGUUGGUUUUCGUCGGCUUUGUUCUGCCACUAAGCGUCAUUAUUUACUCUUAUCACAGAAUAUACAGGUCAGUGAACAAUAUUUGUUAGGGGUAAUUAUUAUAGGCAAUUAUUAUACUCGACCGAUGCUGCUUACCACAAUUUCGACAAGCAAUUUGUGGUCUUGCGGUCUAAUCGAAAUAUCCUUUCGAUAUAUAUUUCUUAACUUUUUUCCCACGAGAAAUACACUAGCAAUGAAUGAUCAACAUUCAGAACGUGGACUUUAUUUUAUGAAACACAGAAGUUCAUGGUCAAAAAAAAAACUAACUGAUUCCAUCGGGACAAAACAUUGAGUGAAUUAUGUUGCUUUCCGCAACGGAAAUCAAAGAUUAAAGAAGGUAUCACAUAUAGUCUGGGAACAAAUGAAAUAAAAGAAAAAAAAAAGAAAAAGAGACGAGGAAAAAAAAAUGACAUGAACUUUACCUGGAAAGCGGAUCAUAAGGUUGCCAUCGACUUCAUUUUGCAUCUAUUGGUCGAUAGGGUGGAACUAACUCAAAGAAAGUUAAAUAGAUAUGUGAGGGAAAACCAAAACAAUACAGAACUGCUUUCGACAGGAUCCUUUACUUUGCAGGUAUAUCCGUGCACAGCAACCAACGAUUGGAAGCGCUUCGAUUCAAGUCAUCCGAAGAAAAUCCGAAAUCAAAGUUGUGCGCAUGACUGCCAUGUCAAUUGCGGCCUUCGUCUUGAGCUGGUCUCCGUACGCUAUCGUCAGUAUCGUGGCCACCAUCCGGGGUACUAAUGUACUCACACCUGACUUGGCAGAAAUCCCGGAUCUUCUAGCCAAGGCCUGGGUUAUCUACAAUCCCAUCGUGUACACAGCAAUGAACGAAAGAUUCCGUAAAACCCUGAAGCGCAUCGUUCCAAUUCGUUGCACCUUCCGCAAGGGAACAAAUCCAUUCGGAAAAAAAAUGUCGCCCACGGUGGAAUCACGCCCCACGCAUGCGUGCACAAUACCUUAUCCACCGAGGGGUAGAACCCAAAGUGUGGUGCAUUCAGGAGGAGCCGUCAGUGAUGAUGAACACUCAUCAAGAGCUUUUCUCAACAGACAGUGGCCGGUCCCUGUUUGA